CUGGGAGGUCAGGGUCUGGGUGGGGCGCCGAUCCACUUGCCCGCAAAGUGAAGGCCACCAUCCUUCGGGGUCAGGGAAGGGCUCUGAGGAUUUUGAGCGUCAUUGGUGCAUCUCGAUAUGUCAGCACCUCUUGGCCAGCACGAUGAACUCUGGCACAGUCGCCACCUGAGGUGUUUUAAUUAAGACUUAACCCCCACCAAACCCGGAAGGCCGGCGCUGCGUCAGGGCUUACGGGGUGGCGUCCGGCCGUGACCGCCCACCAGGCGAGCUGGCUGCGGCCUGUUCCUUCUUGCAGAGGGUGCGGAAUGCAGCAGAGUGCGGGGUAGGGCCGCCCCGGAGAGCUUCUGCGCGCGGGUUUGGUUUACUUCUGAUAGGAAGGGAGGGAGGGAAGGGAAGGCGGGGCGAUCGACUUGUUAAUUCGCCUGCAAACCCCGGCGCCAGCUUUACCUCUGCGGCGGCGAGAUGUCUGGAGGAUCAGCUAGGAGCCUGGGCAAGGGAAGCGCGCCCCCGGGGCCCGUCCCCGAGGGUCUGAUCCGUGUCUACAGCAUGAGGUUCUGCCCGUAUGCCCAGAGGACUCGCCUGGUCCUGACGGCCAAGGGUAUCCGGCAUGAAGUCAUCAACAUCAACCUGAAAAAUAAGCCUGAGUGGUUCUUCAAGAAGAAUCCCUCAGGCCUGGUCCCGGUUCUGGAAACCAGUCUGGGUCAGUUGAUUUGUGAAUCUGCCAUCACUUGUGAGUACCUGGAUGAAGCAUAUCCAGGGAAGAAGCUGUGGCCAAGUGACCCCUAUGAGAAAGCUUGCCAAAAGAUGGUCUUUGAGUCCUUUUCUAAGGUACCACCUUUGAUAUCGAGGAUUCUUAGAACACAAAAUAAGGAAGACUGCUCUGGCUUAAAAGAAGAAUUGCAAAAAGAAAUUACCAAGCUAGAGGAGGUUCUGACUGACAAGAAGACAACCUUCUUUGGUGGCGAUUCUCUUUCUAUGAUUGAUUACCUCAUCUGGCCCUGGUUCGAACGGCUGGAACCUCUGGAGUUGAAUGAGUGUGUAGACCAGGCUCCAACUCUUAAGCUGUGGAUGGCAGCCAUGAAGAAGGAUCCCACAGUAUCAUCCCUCCUCACCGAUGUGAAGACCUUUCAAGGUUUCCUCAGCCUCUACUUGCAGGACAGCCCCGAGGCCUGUGACUACGGACUCUGAUGGGGACAAGAGUCAGCAAUGAAGACAUAGCUGAUACUUUCCUUCACUGAUAUGAAUAAUACCAUGGUUUUAUUUUA